AACAUUGUAUUUGAUAUUAUACGCUAUCAGGUGCUUGCUAAAAUUUCAGAUCAUUCAUUCAUAAUGGUCUGCAAUUCUUAUGAGUUGUGCUUUAUGUUGAAGCAAACUGAAGGUCCUGGUUAUAGCGUUUCCGCCAUGUUUAACCUGCAGGCUUUUACUUUGACAGUGGUGAACCGGAAGUGGAUCUACGCCCCUUGAAGUCGGCUAGAUUCUACUUUGCUGGACACCAAGGACAGGGGUCCAUGAUGAGUGGAGGUCCAACCUUACGGCGGGUCACUGUUGGUGGGGGUUCAGGCCAGCAAGCAGGUAUGGGAGGACCUGUGGCUCAACAGCAGCAAGGACAGACAGUUAAGAAGAAAAAGGAAACCAUAACUGAAUCUGCUGGACGCCAACAAAAGGAGAAGAUUGAAAGGCAAGAGGAGAAGCUGAAGAACAACAGAGACCUGUCUAUGGUGCGGAUGAAAUCCAUGUUCACCAUUGGUUUCUGCUUCACAGCUCUCAUGGGCAUGUUCAACUAAGUUACUGCAGGUUUCGAUGGAAGAGUUGUGGCCAAAUUGCCAUUUGUGCCACUGUCGUAUAUCCAGGGACUGUCACACCGCAACCUGCUGGGCGAGGA